GCUGGUUGCCGAGAUCACCUCCUGGCACCAAAGAAGGCUAGGCUUAGAGGUCCUGGGUAGUGGAUGGUGGACUCUUUGGCUGGAUGGGGAGGAUGACGACGUGGGCUGGCACUGGGACGCCGACUACGAGGCUCGGGAACGGGGAGACGUGCAGCACCCUCUCCUCGGCACGGUGACAUACCUCGAAGCUGGCGGCAGCGUUGCACCCACAGCUGUCCUCGAAGACUGCUUCGAGACUGAGCUUUUGGCAGGGAAAGGCACAGUGGUAGCCAGGGCGCACCUGAGUUUGCCAGUGCCUGGGAAGCAUAUCUGCUUUGAUGGGCGGCUACUGCAUGCCGCACCUGCACAGCUGCGGGUCCAAUGCCUUGGUAAAUCCAGGCGAAGGAAGCCAUCACGCACGACACUCUUGGUCAACAUCUGGCAGGGGCAUCAACCCAAGGACCCUCGGCCCUUAGCCCUGGCAAUGGCAACUAAACUUGCCCCAGCGGUGAACACGUCCCCAUUCUCUUUGGGAAGCGGCGAUCCAGCAGCGCCUUUGGAAUUGCGAGUGGGUCGUGGAACGCGGGCUCAAGAGAUUUCUUGGCAAUUUGGGGAGGACGACUUGAUGUCAGUUUGCUUGCCCAUACCUGAAACCACGGACAUAAAGGCGGACUCCAUCGCCCUCCGGUUCGUUGAUGGACGGUAUGGUUGUGUCGGGUGA